UCACAACAUCAUCGUUAACCAUCGAAAGAGUGUUGUGUAGUCUCUGCAACCAUUACAUCACCACGAGAAAAAAAAGGAGAGAAGAUGCAGAGACUCACGGCUAAAAGAACAGUCCACAACGUUUCCCUUUCCCUCUCGCGACGAUGCAUCUCCUUCUCCUCCUCCACGUCUCAGACGGCAACGGCAGCUCCCGUCGACGAGUUUCUCGGUAAGCUUCCGCCGUUCGGUUACACACCGCCGCCGUACACAGGCCCCUCCGCCGACGCCAUCAUUAACACAAGGAAAGAGUUUCUCAGUCCUUCCAAUUCCAUGUUCUGCCUCUACAAAAACCCGUUGAACAUAGUGGAUGGGAGGAUGCAGUAUCUUUUCGACGAGAGUGGGAGGAGAUACUUGGAUGCAUUUGCUGGUAUUGCGGUUGUGAACUGUGGGCAUUGUCACCCUAGUGUGGUUGAGCCUGUUAUUAACCAAAUCAAGAAGCUACAGCAUCCUACUGUUAUGUACCUUAACCAUGCCAUUGCUGAGUUCUCUGAGGCUCUCGCUUCUAAACUCCCUGGUGAUCUCAAGGUGGUGUUCUUCACUAACUCUGGUACGGAGGCUAAUGAACUAGCACUCAUGAUGGCUAAGUUGUACACUGGAUGUCAAGACAUUGUGUCGGUUCGAAAUGGGUAUCAUGGGAAUGCGGCUGGGACUAUGGGGGCUACUGCUCAUAGCACGUGGAAGUUCAACAACGUGGUUCAGACUGGAACUCAUCACGCUUUAAACCCGGAUCCAUACCGAGGUGUGUUUGGUUCUGAUGGUGAGAAGUAUGCAAGAGAUGUGCAAGAUCUCAUUCAAUAUGGCACUUCAGGACACAUAGCUGGUUUUAUUUGUGAAGUUAUACAGGGAGUUGGAGGGAUUGUGGAGCUAGCACCAGGCUAUCUAUCAGCAGCUUAUGAUAUUGUGAAGAAAGCUGGAGGACUGUUCAUUGCGGAUGAAGUUCAGUCUGGAUUCGCUCGCACUGGCGAUUUCUGGGGGUUUGAGGCUCACAAUGUUGUCCCUGACAUUGUUACCAUGGCUAAGGGGAUUGGGAAUGGGUUUCCUUUGGGAGCUGUUGUGACAACUCCGGAGAUUGCAGGAGUGUUGACACGCAGAUGCUACUUCAACACCUUUGGUGGGAACGCUGUGGCUGCUACAGCUGGUCUAGCUGUUCUGAAUGUGAUUGAGAAAGACAAGCUUCAGGUGAAUGCGUCCAUGGUUGGGUCUUACCUCAAGGGAAGACUCAGUCAGCUUAAAGAGAAACAUGAAAUUAUUGGGGAUGUUCGGGGAAGAGGGCUGAUGCUUGGAGUAGAGCUGGUGAGUGAUCGCAAUCUUAAGACUCCUGCAACCGCAGAGACUUUGCACAUCAUGGAUCAAAUGAAAGAACUGGGUGUGUUGGUCGGUAAAGGAGGCUACUUUGGAAACGUUUUUAGAAUCACACCACCUCUCUGCUUCACUAAGGACGACGCAGAUUAUCUCGUGGAAGCUAUGGACUACUCAAUGUCCAGGAUGUGAAGAAAACACACUAUUAAAAUGGCAGAUUAAUAAGUUGUGCUUGGAACAACCAAAAUGAUUGAUGAGCCCACAUCUUGUUGCUUCUCAAUCACUUAUAUACUUUCAUAUAAUAAAAAACCUUCUUUUCUUAUAUUUUGAAUCGUCCUGAAACCUAUGUUAUAUGCGUAUAUUAUUUGUUUGUUAAUAUUUCUUAUACCAUAUGGAAGCUACUAAGGAUUUGUUUUGAUUUCUUUGGUAUCUUAAUUGAUAUGAACAACCAUUUAGGAGUGUAGAAAUUUUUGUAUAUGGAUGUUUACUAGCAUACUAUAUACCGUUCAUACUAAUACAAUGCAAUAUUUGUUUGUAGUUUGAAACUGAAUCAUGCAUCCAUGAAAUUAGGUGCAACAAACACAAAACUUCUUCUUUCACACGCAAGUUCAACCCCCUUAACAUUGUUAUUGUACUAAAAUCAGGACAAAGUAAAAGAGAAAACCAAUAGUAUUAGCAACAUCACACGCCUUCUUAGUUACGUAAGAGAGGAGGCAUCACAAUGCAUAAAGUCCCAUAUGGUUC